AUGCACGUAAGCACAGGUGGAAACGAUAUAACAGUGACUAUAAAUGAUUACAUUAACAAAGAAUCAACGUCUUAUCAGAUUACAGAUAUAAAUAACAAUAUAAAAAUAAAUGAUAUUAUUAAUAAAAUUAAAAAAUUAAAAAAUUAUAAUUAUAGUAAUUCGUCCUUAGUGUUAUAUUUUGCAAAAGUGGAAUGCAAGUUGGAUGAAAAGUUGUCAACAUAUAAUAAAUCGAAUAGAAAAACAAUUAAAUUAGAAUUAUAUAUAUCAUCACUAAUAACUAUAAAUGUUAGAACAUUACAGUCAUGUGGGUCUGGUACAACCCGAUGUAUACCGUUAUGGUCUUUUUGUUGUAGACAAAGCAUCAAAAUCCGGAUUGUUGAUACUUCAGAUGUUCGAUCAUUAAAGCAGCGAAUUUACAGUGCCACAGACGACGACAUUUCGAUACCUGUCGAUAAUAUUGUUUUACUUUAUAAAGGAGCCCCAUUAAAUAACUUUUUGACCCUAAAAGAGUCGGAACUUGUAGACAACUGCUCCGUCGACUAUUUUGUUCCAAUUUGUUAUAUUUAUAAGGAAAAAAAAAAAGAAACACCAGAAGAAGAUAAUGAUGACGAAACUGAGCUUGGAAUUUACAAAGAUAAAAAAUCUAUGAAGAAAAUCGAAAGUACCAAAAUAGAAGAAAAGAACACAAAGGUUGAAGAAAUAAAAAAGGCACCGACAUCAACUGAAAUAAGAAAAGCAUCAACAUCAACUGAAAUAAAAAAAGCACCGACAUCAACUGAAAUAAAAAAGGCAUCAACAUCAAUUGAAAUAAAAAAAAACCCGACAGCAACUGAAAUAAAAAAGGCAUCAACAUCAACUGAAAUAAAAAAAACGCCAACAACUGAAGUAAAAAAAGCUUCACCAGCUGAAGAAAUAAAGAAAGAAAGACUUCCAAGCAAUAAUACGAAUACGGACAGGUCACGUAAUAAAAAUAGAAGAGGAAGAAAGCAACCUUAA